UGGAAGGAAAAAUCCGCCACAGAAAAGGUCUUCCCCUCACCCACUACCCUCCCAGUGGAGUACUUUAAAACCACGCACCCUCCUCCCACAAUUCUCAUAACACGCAGCGCUCAACUCAAAGUAGCCACCAUGUCCAUCGACUACGACCGGGCCGGUGCGAUGAAAGCAUUCGACGAGACGAAAGCCGGCGUGAAGGGCCUCGUCGACGCCGGCAUCCGCAAGAUCCCUCCCUUCUUCUUCCGGCCACCCGACCACUUGGACGGUAUCAACCCCUCCAACUCGGACGGUGCCACUGCUCGCCUCCAAAUCCCCGUCAUCGACCUCCGAGGCUCCGACUCUGACAGCGCCCGGCGAAAGGAGGUUGUGGCCGAGCUGAGGCGGGCAUCUGAGACGCUGGGGUUCUUCCAGGUGGUCAACCACGGCGUCCCUGCGCCGGUGCUCGACGAAAUGCUUGCAGGAGUGAGGACGUUCAACGAGGCGGCGGCCGAGGUGAAGAGGGAAUACUACAGCAGGGAUCCGGCGAAGAAGGUGCGGUUCAAUAGUAAUUUCGAUCUGUACCAGGCGCCGGCGGCAAAUUGGAGGGACAGCUUGUCCUGUGCGAUGGCGCCGGAACCUCCAAGACCGGAUGAACUGCCUCUGGCUUGCAGAGAAAUAACCUUCCAGUAUGCGAAUCAUAUUCAAAAAGUGGGGAUCUUUCUCUUUGAGCUACUUUCCGAGGCACUCGGCCUUAAUCGUGAUCAUCUUAAUGAAAUGGAAUGUGCCAAAGGACUUGGUGUUGUUGCCCACUACUAUCCACCUUGCCCGGAGCCUCACCUCACUCUUGGAAUUAGCAAACAUUCUGAUCCAGACUUCCUGACCAUCCUUCUGCAAGACCAGAUUGGUGGCUUACAAGUGGUGCAUCAAAACCAAUGGAUUGAUGUGCCUCCUUUGCCUGGAGCUUUAAUAGUUAACAUUGGUGAUCUACUACAGCUGAUCUCCAAUGAUAGGCUUAAGAGCGUGGAGCACAGGGUGCUUGCAAAUAAGAGUGUGGACCCUAGAAUUUCAGUGGCAUGCUUCUUUUCCACACAUUUUUACCCAUCUACGAAGCUCUAUGGCCCUAUCAAGGAGUUAUUAUCCAAUGAAAGACCGAUGUAUAAAGAAGUAUCAGCGAAGGAAUAUGUCACCUACUACAAAUCGAAAGGACUUGAUGGACAAUCAGCGCUGAACUAUUUUAAGAUAUGAUUAAAAGUCAGAACAAUUUAGUCUGCUGAAUUUCACUAAAAUCCAAAGGAUUGAAGAUAUAUAUAGAUAUCUGUGUUUAUUGUAAUGGAGAAAUUGUAUGAAGUAUUUUGUUGCAGGUCCUCAUGAUACCACAAGGUCUGUACUAAUUCAUAGAAUGGAUUCUACAUCUUGAAAUGUUAGCAAUAUUCUCAGCAGGUGACACUGAGACGAACCGAUAUCGAUUUAUCUCAAUUAAUAUGAAAGGAGUUGUCUUUUGUUGUU